AUGUCGGAUUCGUCUAAAAUAAUUGAAAGUGAUAAUGUUCAUUCAAAUGAAGCUAACGAUGAACCACUCGAUCCUCGAAUACAAAUUGAAUUGGAACGUGCUAAUGCUGCAACCAGUGAAAUAAAUAAUCUUGAAAGUCAAUUAGAUAAUGCUCAAAAAUUAUUUCAAAUAAGUUUUAGCCAUUGUAAACAACGUUUAGCUAAUCUAGCUAAAACACUUGGCCGUUGUGUCGAACGCGGAAGACCAUAUUAUGAUGCUGUUCAACAAGCUGAACAGGCACGAUUAGAGACUGGACGAGCUGCUCAAGAAUAUCAAAAUUCUGUUGAAUUACAUUGUGUAGCAAAAGAAAAUUUAGCUGCUGCAGAAAAUCAAUUAUCCAAAUCAGAAGAUAAUGCAACGUGGCAAGAAUGUAUGAACCAUCUAACCAUGAAGGUAACGCAAAUAGAACAAGACAAAAUGCGUUAUGAACAAAUACAUGAAGAAAAAUCGAAACUUUAUCAAGAAUACGAACAACAAAGAAUAAAACUUCGCCAUUCAUUAACAAGAGUGAUCAUCAAAUCGAAACCUUACUUCGAUGCAAAAUUUAAAGCAGAAAACGAACUUAAAAAUCAAAAAUGUCGUAUUGAAGAUGUACAGAACGCAAUAAUUAAAGCCAAAAGAACAUAUCGUGCAGCAUUGAACAGUCUUGAACAAAUAUCUGAUGAAAUUCAUACGAAACGUAAAAAUCAAAUUUUAUUACAACUUCCUCUACGUGAGCCUGGUGUCGGUGCCGAAACACCCGAUGAGUUUAUUGAACUGCCUAAAAUUGAAUUUCCCAAAAUCAAUCUUUCUAAUCAAUCAUCUGAACAUGAUCUGUCCAAGUCAAUGAACUCAAUGUCUGUAAAUACAAGUACGGAUUGCAUUUAUCGAUCAUCUAACAUAAAUCUUUCUACUAAUAUUUCACCAUUAACCAAUAAAAAAUUCGAAGAUCACUGUCGUACACAAAUGAUUGCAAGUGUAAAUAAUGGCAAUGAUCAACGAAUGAAAAAACAGAUAAUCCCAUCUCGAAGUGUUCGAAUAAAAUCAACACGGAUUCACAAACCUAAUGAAGCGCCAUUGCUUUCGCAUCUUUUUGGAACAUAUAAAUUUCAUAGUGAUCCAAAUUUGAAUGCUUCAACAAAAUAA